AAUAGAGAUGGGUGAAACAGUUCACUUCGAAGAACCAUUCCCGACUGAACAGUUCUAUAAAAAGAACUAGUUCAGAUGAACCGUUCUUCCGUUCAGCUGAUAUUUUACUUGUAUCUAGCGAAUGUCUCUCAAAACAUUCGAUUCUUGGAGAGGAACCAAACAGAUGCUGCCCAAACUAUUAUCUGUAUGCUUAACAAGUUCAUCAAGGGUGGCGAUUUCUUCAUUAUGUAUAACUAGAGAAAUAGAGAAUGAGAUGAGUCGUUCGCUUAUGAGUCGUUCUUCGCCGGUUUUAUUCUGGGAGAGCACAGAGCGGUUUGUGGGACGGCAAGUCAGUUCAUUUUCAUUCGUUCGCCUAAAAAUUGGUCCGAGAAAUUCGCUAAACGGCUUUGGGUCAUAUUCAGUUCAUUCGCUUUGAAGAGAAUUGAGAACUACCGUUCUUUUAAAAAGAACUUCCGUUCGCUCAUUCUCUUCAAAGAACCAGUUCACUUCAACCGUUCGCGAACGAAUUGCCCAUCUCUAAACUCAAAUAUACUACAGUUUACUUUUUAUUCUAACGCAUUGCAAUAAUCUCGUAAAAUGGUUGAACGGAUUGAGGAUCUUAACCUUCCGAAUGCGGUAGUAACCCGAUUGAUGAAGGAAGCACUGCCGUCAGAUGUUAAGAUUGCUAACGAAACGCGAAUAGCUUUGACGCGCGCCACCUCCGUAUUCGUUUUGUACCUAACAUCAGCAGCAACUGGAAUAGCCCAGAAGAACAAGCAAAAAUCUCUAACCGUGGAUCACGUUUUCGCUGGACUGGAAGAAAUUGAGUUUGAGAGUUUCAUCAAACCAUUAAGAAAGGAUUUAGAAAAGUAUCGGAAAGCUGUAAAAACCAAGAAGGAUAAAAAGGUGGACAAACCGGAAAAUGAAGAAAAGACAACAGGUGACACCACUGGAGAAUGAUUUUGUGUACAAUCAAUCUAGAAAGUUUGUUAUUAUCCUUUGCCCAAAAAUGCACCUAAUUACAAGGUCAUUACGAUAUUCUUAAUUUUUAUUCAUAAAACUAUAUUACAAGCGGUUUAUAACAAUUUACACGUAAAAUAAACUUCUACAUCGUCCAA